CCUCCCCGAGCAGCAGCGCGAGCGGCCACUCCCUGCGCGCCACCCGGGCGGGAUCGGGGUCUCUGCUCCCGCGCCCUGCACGCCGCGGGCCCCUCGAAGCCAGGCGGCGGCCGUCGCGCGGGUCCUCGUCGCGACCGGCAGUCCCCGUCCCCGUGACUCCCCUGGGCUGGGCCGCCCGGGGCCUCCGGGACCAUGCUACGCUGGCUGCGGGGCUUCGUGCUGCCCGCGGCGGCCUGCCAGGACGCGGAGCCGCCGACGCGCUACGAGACCCUCUUCCAGAGGCUGGACCACAACAAGGACGGCGUGGUGGACAUCCGCGAGCUGCAGGAGGGGCUCAAGAGCCUGGGCAUCCCCCUGGGCCAGGACGCCGAGGAGAAAAUCUUUACUACUGGUGAUAUCAACAAAGAUGGGAAGCUGGAUUUUGAAGAAUUUAUGAAGUACCUUAAAGACCAUGAGAAAAAAAUGAAAUUGGCUUUUAAGAGUUUGGACAAAAAUAAUGAUGGAGUGAUUGAGGCUUCCGAAAUUGUCCAGUCUCUCCAGAUACUAGGUCUAACUAUUUCUGAACAGCAAGCAGAGUUGAUUCUUCAAAGUAUUGAUGCUGAUGGGACAAUGACAGUAGACUGGAAUGAAUGGAGGGACUAUUUCUUAUUUAAUCCUGUCACAGACAUUGAGGAAAUUAUCCGUUUCUGGAAACAUUCUACUGGCAUUGACAUAGGAGAUAGUCUAACUAUUCCGGACGAGUUCACGGAAGAUGAAAAGAAGUCUGGACAGUGGUGGAGGCAGCUCUUGGCAGGAGGUAUCGCGGGCGCCGUCUCUCGAACAAGCACUGCCCCUUUGGACCGUCUGAAAGUCAUGAUGCAGGUCCAUGGUUCAAAAUCAGGCAAAAUGAACAUCUAUGAUGGCUUUCGACAGAUGGUGAAAGAAGGAGGUAUCCGCUCCCUUUGGAGAGGAAAUGGUACAAAUGUCAUUAAAAUUGCUCCCGAGACAGCUGUUAAGUUCUGGGCAUAUGAACAGUACAAGAAGAUGCUUACUGAGGAAGGACAGAAAGUAGGAACCUUUGAGAGAUUUAUCUCUGGUUCCCUGGCCGGAGCAACUGCGCAGACUAUUAUCUAUCCCAUGGAGGUUAUGAAAACCAGGCUGGCUGUAGGCAAAACUGGACAGUAUUCUGGAAUAUUUGAUUGUGCCAAGAAGAUUUUGAAACAUGAAGGCGUGGGAGCUUUUUACAAAGGCUAUGUUCCCAACUUAUUAGGCAUCAUACCUUAUGCAGGUAUAGAUCUUGCUGUGUACGAGCUCUUGAAGUCCCAUUGGCUUGAUAAUUAUGCCAAAGACUCAGUGAACCCUGGAGUCGUGGUGUUGCUGGGAUGUGGUGCCUUAUCCAGCACCUGUGGCCAGCUGGCCAGCUACCCCUUGGCCUUGGUGAGAACACGCAUGCAGGCUCAAGCCAUGAUAGAAGGAAACAAACAGAUGAACAUGGUUGGCCUCUUUCGACGGAUAAUUUCUAAAGAAGGAAUCCCAGGACUUUACAGAGGCAUCACCCCAAACUUCAUGAAGGUGCUCCCCGCGGUGGGCAUCAGUUAUGUGGUUUAUGAAAAUAUGAAGGAAACUUUAGGAGUAUCCCAGAAAUGUUGAAUUUUUUUGCUUUAGCAUGAUUAUUGAAAUUUUCAACAAUCUCUGGAGUGACUUUUUCUCCUAGAAUUACUAGUCUAUAGCAAAAGAAGUCCUAUAUUUCUCACAAAAAAAGGAAGAGCAUAUCAAUGAUUACUUCAAACAUUUGGGCUCAAUUUUAUAUAUACAGAAAUGUCAAAAAUCAUAGUUUUGAUAAGCUCAUACAAUUUUGAAAAGGCCACAAAAAUUGUAUUUUUUUCUUUUCUUAUUAGUACCUUUCUACACAUCUCUGCCCUGAAUCCUAAAUCUGGAAAAUGUAUUGCUUGAAUUAAAUGUGUUUUGCGUGGUAAUUAUAAA